AGUGCAUCGCCGGUUAAAUAAUUUUUUUCGUCUCUCUCUUCACUCCAUUUUCUCUCGCAUUUCAAAUUUGAUUUCCUUAUUUAGAUUCUUAAGGUCGGCGAGGCGAUUCUCGAGUCCACGGCGAUUCUGCUUACUCCGCCUUUCAGUUUCUCUACUCAGAUUCUGCUACGUUUCGCCACCGCUCGAUUCGCCGAAUCAGUCAGCUGGUGAAUCGCUUUUUGUAAUCGGAUUCGGAAUCGCGAGGACUUGCUUGGUAUCGAGUCGAGAUCUUCCGAGUGUUAUUGAGCGAGAUCGUGUUAAUCUGCGAGUUCGAAAUGCAGAUCUCAUCGCUGUUGAAUUGGUCUGCUGUGAUCUUAUUUGAACAGUCUGUGGAGUUUGUUGACUGAUUCAAGCUUUAUAGAUUUGAAUUCAUUGAGAGAUCUCUCCUUCACGCAUGGCGAGCAAUACUUUAAAGGAUAUGAAUACUCUUCCUGUAACUGAGAAGAUGAGUGAAUGUAAACCAAGCUUAGCCAAGCCUUGUGUUGGGAAAAUGAAUGGAAAGUCUGAAGAUAGACCUCUACCAAGCUCUGCUGCUGCUUUGGAUCCAAGUGCUGUUGACACAGAGAAAGCUGCCGUGGAAGUUGAGUAUAUUGAAUCUGAGAACUUGGACGAUGUUGACGAUGCUGAUGCAGUUCUCAAGACGGUUGUAGCUGGUCUUGACUCCAAGGAUUGGGUAUCAGUCUGUGAUGCUCUUAACAAUGUUCGUCGGCUUUCAAUAUUCCACAAAGAAGCAAUGCUGCAUAUGCUCGAAAAGGUGAUCCCACUCGUCGUGAAAUCACUGAAAAAUCCAAGAAGCGCGGUGUGUAAAACCGCAUGCAUGACAUCUGCAGACAUCUUCAGCGCGUAUAACAACCAUAUAACAGAUCUGUUGGAUUCUCUGCUUACUCAACUCCUCCUCAAGUCUUCCCAAGAUAAAAGGUUUGUCUGCGAGGCAGCAGAGAAAGCUUUAACAUCAAUGACCAAAUACGUUUCCCCAACUUUGCUGCUUCCAAAGCUUCAACCUUGUCUCAAGAACAGGAAUCCUCGGAUCCGUGCAAAAGCAUCGUUGUGCUUUUCCAGAAGUGUUCCCCGACUGGGCGUUGAAGGUAUUAAAGAAUAUGGAAUUGACAAAUUGGUUCAAGCAGCCGCGUCUCAGCUUACCGAUCAGCUCCCUGAAUCCCGCGAGGCUGCACGGACUGUCCUACUAGAACUUCAGUCCGUUUAUGAAAAAGCUCAUCCUAUCAUCAAAGACGAGACAUCAUCACCAUCAUCGUUGCCAGAGGAAGAGCAAACCCCGGAGGGAGUUACUUGGGAAAUGUUCUGUCAGUCAAAGCUGUCGGCUCUAAGCGCACAAGCCGUGCUUCGUGUCACCAAUGUCGUGGCAGUGCCUGCUCGGGAGGGUUUGGUUACUGCAGGUUCAUCUUCUUCAUCACAGCUAUAAUAAGCCUUCUCUACUACAUUUUGCAUUUUCUUAAAACGUUCGCGGUUACAUGGUAUUUUCCGGCUAUGAUCUACCACAUUGGCAAGUUAUGGACCGGUAAAAAGAGUGAAACUCGGUUAUUAAAAAUCUUUGGUUAUAUUUCCUUUUGUGAGUGAGAUUAUUUUCUCAUCAGUCUUCAUGAGUGACCUUUUUCUUAUGUGUAUAUAUCUAUACCAAGAUUUGGUAAGAUGGUCUUACUCUUUUGGUUUAAUGCAAGUUGGUCGGUUUCUUUGACAA